AUGAAAAUUGAGUCAAAGCCUCAAAAUAUUGGGGCUAUUGCUGGAGGUGUAGCUGGAUCUGUUGUUGGUGUUGGUUCUAUAGCUAGUGCUAUUGCAAAAAUUAUAAGCUCAAACUCGCGAUCUGGUAGCGUUAAUAAUGAUGGAGUAUCCCGUGUACUUGCAACUGCUAGUAGUAUGCCAGAGGAUAUUGCGACAUCUAUUGGAAGUGGCUCAGGGAUAUCUCCCAGUGUUGAUUUGCCAGCCUAUAAAGUGGGUGGGGAAGAUAAUUAUGAUGAAAGUGUAGGAUCAUUUGUUAAUUAA